GCAAUAUAUAGCGGUGGGCGGGCGUCUGCUCUUUCCAGAGCACACGGGGUCCAUUGCAGGUUUUUGUGCGCCUCUUGUUGGUUUUCGCGCUUACAACCAAGACAAUGGCGUGGCAGCCCAUGGAGAUCAAUCCCGAGAUGCUGAACAAAGUGCUGUCACGCUUAGGAGUUGCCCCUGGCUGGCAGUUUGUGGAUGUGCUGGGGUUUGAGGAAGAUUCCUUGAGCUCUGUGCCUGGUCCAGCAUGUGCUCUACUCCUACUCUUUCCCCUUACUGCUCAGCACGAGAACUUCAGAAAAAAGCAGAUUGAAGAACUGAAAGAUCAAGAAGUGAGCUCAAAAGUCUAUUUUCUGAAGCAGACUGCUAGCAACUCAUGUGGAACCAUUGGUCUUGUGCAUGCAGUGGCCAACAACCAAGAUAAAAUAUUGUUUGAUGAAGGGUCUGCACUGAGAGAGUUCCUCAAUGCAACAGCUAAUCUCUCUCCAGAUGAGAGGGCAAAACGGCUCGAAAACAAUAAGGCCAUUCAGGAAGCUCACAAUGCAGUAGCACAAGAAGGCCAGUGUCAGGUUGAAGAAGAUAAAGUGAACUUCCACUUCAUUCUGUUUGCUAGUGUGGAUGGUCACCUCUAUGAACUGGAUGGACGAAUGCCCUUUCCUAUAAAUCAUGGCACUAGUUCAGAUGAUACCUUGAUGAAGGCCUCUGCCAAGAUCUGCCGGCAGUUCACAGAGCGUGAGCAAGGAGAGGUCCGUUUUUCUGCUGUGGCGCUGUGCAAGUCUGCUUGAAGUUCAGGAGGAUAAAACAGCCUUGUAGUUCAAGGGAAGCGGUUCAAACCUUUUAGUGCUUUAGUAUUUGUUUAAAAACACAGCAGUUCCUGAUCCAAGUUUAAAUGGUCUUGCAGGACAUGUUCUGUUCUCGUGUUCUUCCCCCACCCCCUAUACACAGCAGCUUCAGUGGCGCUUGCUUGUCCUACCGUCUAAGCCAGGGUGCCUCAACCCUUCAAAUGUGUUGGAGACUCUUGACUUGACUCGUUUCAAUGCUUCAUAGGGCUUUCUUGACUUGUUCCCCCAAGUUUCUUUUUAAGCUGUUGUGACAACUUGUAAAUCACAAGAAUAAACAUCUUGCUAUUCAAAAA